UGUUCAGUGUGUGUGUGUUCAGUGUGUGUGUGUGUUCAGAGACAAGUGCCUUCAUCUGAGCUGCUGAGUUACUGCUACUGAGUUCAUCCUACACUUCAGGAUGAAAUUAUUUCUCCUCUUUUUCACACUGAUGUGUGUGAAGGACACUGAAGCACAGAUUAAACUCCACCAUGUGCAAAUGGCCGCAUGCUCAGACUCGGAUAAGGAGUUUAUGUUAGGGGCCGAUGAAGAGGAGACGUUUUAUGCAGAUUUUGUGAAGAAGCAGAUGGUGAAUGUGCUGCCUCCGUUCGCUGAUCCGGGUGAGUUACCCGGAGGAUACGAGACCGCCAAGACUCAGAUCGGCGUCUGCCAAGCAAACUUAAAGGUGUUUAUAAAAGACUUUAAAGACCAGCCCGUGGCACAGGAUGCCCCACAAAGCUCCAUCUAUCCUAGUGAUGAUAUACAGCUGGGAGCCCAGAACACACUCAUCUGCCACUUCACACGAUUCUUCCCUCCACCUGUCCGUGUGCGCUGGACCAAAAACAACAUGGAUGUGACGGACAAAUCCACACUCAGCCAGUACUACCUGAAUAAGGACAACACCUACAACCAGUUCUCCCACCUGCCCUUCACUCCACAGGAAGGAGACGUUUACACCUGCACGGUGGAGCACAAGGCCCUGCAGAUACCCGACACCAAGACAUGGGAGGUGGAUGUGGAGCUUCCCAGUGUGGGUCCGGCUGUGUUUUGUGGAGUGGGUCUGGCUGUAGGACUGCUCGGAGUCGCUACUGGAACUUUCUUCCUCGUUAAAGGAAACCAGUGCAACUGAAGCUUCAGCCAGAAGUAAAGAGAUCACAGAAGGUUUAGAUUCCUACCAAGAAGUCUCAUUUUGAUUUUUUUCACCAAAGAAACUGUACAUCCACUAGAGUUUAAUUCAUCUGUUAAAGCAUUUAAGGUUUUUUUAUAUAUAAAGUUUUUAAUCUGUUCCACUGUACACCUGUGUGUUAGAUUUCUAAACUCACUGCACAAAUCUGUAAGUCUUUCUUUUCCAAUGUAUAUAAUGUCUAAUUAAUGUUAGAAGAGAGAAUGCACAUGAAAAGGAAUGAGUGCUUGCAAAGAAUAAAAGAAAUAAACUUUAUUCACAUGAA